AUGACACUGCUGCCACCGAGUGCCUCACGUCAGGCUGGCGGGGCCUGGGCUUCUGAGCUGCCUGUGGCCACGCUGCCGCUGCCGGCGCUGCAGGACCUGUUCAUAGCACCCUCGGCUAGUGCCCAGCAGCAGCAGCAGCAGCAGCAGCAGCAGCAGCAGCAGCAGCAGCAGCAGCAGCAGCAGCAGCAGCAGCAGCAGCAGCAGCAGCAGCUGCCAAUUGAGGAGGAGAAGGGGGAGGACAAGCCGGAGCAGCAGCUGUUUCAGAUGGCCCUGCAGACGGUAUUGGGCGAGCUGCGCGAGCUGCCGGCGGCAGGGGACGUGCCAGCUGGCUUCCUAAGCCCCCAAGGCAUCAGUUCUGCCUGGUCUACCACGAACACUGCCGCCAUCGCCGCCGAGACUUUCAUGACAAGAACGGCCUUGGGGAUGUUCGGCUCGCCGGGUGACGCAGCAGUUGGUGAUGAUGUCACCGCAGCCUGCCGCUGGUCUGCAUCGCGCACUGUCGUCGCCCCAGUCCUGCUCGAAUCCGCCGGCACGGCGUCGCUCGCGCUCCUCCCUGCCGCGGUCGCUGCAGAGGCGCUCGGCGCGGCUGCGGCCCUCGCGUGGCGACGGCUGCUGCCGGGCGCUGCGGAGGCCGGGGUGCCCAUGGCAGCGGCGUUGAACGAGAUGGCUGUGGCCCUCGGCGGCGCGGUGCUGGCGUCAGAGCAAGAGCGGAAGCAGUUGCACCUGAGCGUCGGCGCGUCCCUUGCGUGGGCGGCAGCGCAGGCCCUCAACUGCAGGAUGGCCACAGAGCAGCCCUCCUGGUCGCCGCCAAAAGGGACGCGGCAAUUCGCCGAGUUGCUGGAGAGCUUCCUGUUUCCAAGGGGUGUUGACUACCACCAGUGGCGCCAGGACGACGGGCCCCACAGCUCCUCCCGGCUGGAGGUGGCGUCCCCCUUGGUGGCUUUCGACUCGCUGGCGGCGCUGGCGGAGCACCACCACAGGUGUGGGGACACCAUGCGUGCGCUCUUCUUUGCGCGUCACGGCCUGUGGGCCUGGUACGCGCGUGUGUCCACAGGACGCGUUGGUGACGCGUUCGAGGAGGUGGACGAGCGCGCCGCCUGCCGGCCCUUCUUCCACAUGUGGCGCGACGCGUACGGGCUGGCGGCAGAGGGCUAUGCGCCAGACGAGCUGCUGGAGGUGCCCAGCUCCGUGUGGCUAUGCAGGCACUACCAGCGCCUUGUGCAGCGCUUCAUGGCUCUCCAGCUGGAGGAGUGCGGGGCCCUGCCGUACGGCGAGGGCUGCCUCGGGCCCGCGGCCUGGGAGGCGACGCGCUCCGCGAUAGAAGCGCGCUCAUGGCGGCCGGCAACCAGGCCAGGGGAGCCGGCACCUGGGCUGUUCAGCUACCCGUCAAUUGCUUCAAUCAGCGAGUCUAUUGCGGCAAACCCGGACUUCAGUAUUCACACCGCAUUCUUGCGGGUCCUCAGCGUUGCUUCCAGACACGCAGCUCACCCAGGGCCGGGUGAAGACCCAUGGUGGCAGUACAUCGCCGCGCAGCUGGAGAUUGAGCGGCGCGCCGGCACCUCGGGCGAGCUGGCCCAGCGGCUGCUCCUGCCGACGUCGCACUCAUUUUCUGUGCCUCGCGACAAGCACAGUGGCAAUCCGCCGGCCUGCCAGGCUUUGGCCUGCGUUGCUCGACCCGUCGCGGCCGCAGACGCGGCGGGGCGGCUCUCCGAGGCCGAGGCGGCGCGGUGCCGCGCGCUGCUUGACAUGUCAGUGGCGCUGCUGCCCGCACGCUGGGAGGCGCUUCCGGCGGUUUUCGCAGCGCCGGCGGCGCUGUACGAGCGCGGACCGCUCAGCACGACCUACUACCCUGGGGCAGCACAAGUGCACCAAUCCGCGCUGGAGGGGAGCAUUGACGCGGCCCUGGCACUCUUCCGCCGCGCCCCUACAGCCCUCCUCACCGGCCGCGGCCGCCGCCCCGGUUCGUGGCUGUCGUGGCUGCGCCGCACGGCCCUCAACUUCUGGGCUCAGAAGCUGGCCGUUGACGAGGACGCGGCCGCACUGGAAGGCUUGGUUGUGGAGUUUAGGUGCGGCGUCGGCGUGUGGGGCAACAAGGGCGACCAGCGGCAGGAGAUGAAGGCCCUUGAUAAGGCCGUGAUGACCCUGUUGAGAAUCCCAGGCACUCCGCCCGCAGUCGCGGGCGGCGGCGACCGCGGCGGCGCGGGCGUUGCCAGCGCCCUGCGCCUCCUGUCCGGGCUGCCGGGGCCGCUGCCGCUCACGGGGUCCCUCAUUAUAAGCCAGGCGUGUGGCGUGGCCGGCGGCCGCAGCGGCAGCGGGGGCCUGGGCGCGGCGUGGGAGGCGCUUGCAGAGGCCACGACGGCGGUGGCAGGGUGGGGCGACGAGGAGGCGUGUGAUUUGGCCGCGGACCAGCUGGACGCAGAGCUCACUAAGCUCUUGGCAGGCAGCCAGCAGGAGCAGGAGGAGUGGCCAGGACAGGGCAGCGAGAGGGCGGCACGGGCGCUCAUCAUUGCUCGGGCAUACGAGCCGCUCGGCCGCCACCCCUCCCCAGAGGUUGCGCAGGCGCUGCUCCGCGCCGCGCCCCGCCUGGCGCCGCUGACGCGGCUGAUCCGCCGCCGCGGAGCCGGCGGCGCGGGGCUGGCCGCGACUCUCGUCAGGGCCGCGGGCGACGUGGGGCGGCAGGAGCUCAGUGUACAGCUGCUGCGAACCGCCUGGCGCGGCGGGCAGCUGACAGGGGCGCGCCUGAGCGAAGCCCUGGCCGAGCUGGUGCUCGCCUCAUCGCAGCAGGGCGAUCAUGCUGCGGCGCUGCGCCUGCUGCGCCUCGCGCGAACUGGGAAGCUGGAGUCAUUCCCCGGCAUGCGGCGGCCGCCGCUGCCAGGCGCACCCGUGCCGCUGCCGGCUGGUGUCACCGCGGCGCUUGUAGCAUCCCUCAAGGCGGCCAAGGGACGCGCCUUGUCGGCAGCGCCAGGGCCGGUGGCCGCGGCGGUUGUCAAGGCCUUCGACUGCCUUUGUCAAGCGGCCGGCGGCGACGCAGCAGCCGUCGCUCGGCUGGAUGGGGGGACGAUCGACGGAGUGCUGGGGGCCUUGGCUCAGCAGGGCGACCACGAGCGCGCCUGGGCGCUGGUGGCCGCCGUAGGUGGCCCCCGCACCGAUCGGGGCGCCCGCGCCCUCGCCGCGCUCAUGGCGUUGUGGGGCGCGCUGCCCACCUCCGCCGCCCUGCCAUCGACGGCUGUCCUGCAGAGCGCGGCGGAGGCCGCGGCGCGCGCGGGUGGCGCAGUAGGAGAUGCGCGGCGUCUGCUCAGCCAGUUGGCGCGCUCCGCAGGCAGGGCGGACGGCCCUGAGGCUGCCCUGGCGCUGAGCGAUGAUGCACUCUCGUCAUACUUCGUGGCUCACGUGACCGCCGGCGACAUCGGCCGCGCGGCGGCGCUGGCGACGGCGAUUAGGGACGGCGGCCGCCAGCUUCCGCCGCAGACGUGGGCGUGGGCGCUGCAGGGGUGCCCAGCCAGCGGGGAGGGCCAGGACGCAGCUGCAAGUGAGCUCAUGUUGCUGAUUGCGCACGAGAGCCUGGUUACAGAGGCGCGGGCGGCGGUCGCGGAUGCGACGCGGGAGGGCGAGGAAGGCGGCAGCGGGCGCGCCGCCGCGCUGGGCCGGGCGCUGCAGUGCGCGCUGUCGUCGUCGGCAGUGCACGAUGACUGGUUUGCUGCACGCACCGCCUCUGCAGCCUCCGCCCGCGUGGCUGCCGCUGCAGCGGCGGAUGGCAGGAGGACGCAGAAUGCGAGCAGCUGCGCCUCGCGGUCGGCUGGGAGACGGUCGCACGCGCCGCGGCCGAGGCGCGGCUCGAGCUCGCCGCCUGCUGCGCCGCCGCUGCCGUAG